GCGGAGAAAGCCACAGCGCCGAGCACAACGCUCAGCCAGAGUUCACCUCAGACGCACGCACGCGCGCGAAAGGAGCUCGGCUAGCUUAGCUAUAGAGUAAAAACCCGAUAUCCUUCGUCGUCAUGGGCGCGGGCGCAGCAGAUGCGAGCUGCACGUUACACGUCGCGGCGCACGCCCUGGCGAGCUCGCUGCAGCCGCAGGUGGCCGCCGUGUUCUUCGCCUCCGCGGCGUUCACGCUGGCCCUGGCCGUGCUCCUGGGGUCGCUGCGGCUGCGGCGGCCCCCCUGGUGGUGCGCGUGCGCCGUGUGCGAGUGUUACCUGUCGGCGUCGUGGGCGGGGGAGUUCGACAACCUCUGCGACUGGUACGCGCACCUGCUGCGCGCCGUGCCUGGGCGCACCGUGCACGUGCACGUCCUCGGCAACGUGCUCACCGCCAACCCGCCCACCGUGGAGCACAUGCUGCGCGCGCGCUUCGACAACUACCCCAAGGGCGCGCCCUUCUCCGCCAUCCUCGCCGACUUCCUCGGCCGCGGCAUCUUCAACGUCGACGGCGACGCCUGGCUCUUCCAGCGCAAGCUCGCCGCGGCAGAGCUCGCUUCCCCUGCCAUCCGCGCCUUCGCGGCCAACGUCGUGGCUUCCGAGCUGCGCUGCCGCCUCAUUCCUCUGCUCCACGGCUCUGCUUCUUCCUCUGCUUCGAAGCUGCUGGACCUGCAGGACGUGUUCCGGCGCUUCGCGUUCGACUGCAUCUGCAAGAUCUCCUUCGGGCUCGACCCGGGAUGCCUCGAGCUGUCGCUGCCAAUGUCAGCGUUCGCGGACGCCUUCGACGCGGCGUCCAUGCUGUCCGCGCGGCGCGCCGCGGCGCCCAUGCACGUGCUCUGGAAGCUCAAGCGGCUGCUGAACGUCGGGGAGGAGCGGGAGCUCCGCGACGCGAUCGGCCUCGUGGACGCCCUCGCGGCUGAGGUCAUCCGGCAGCGCCGCAAGCUCGCCAGCUCGGGCGGCGGCGACGACCUCCUGUCCCGCUUCAUGGGCUCCAUCAACGACGACAAGUACCUCCGCGACAUCGUCGUCAGCUUCAUGCUGGCCGGCCGCGACACCGUCGCCUCGGCUCUCACGGCUUUCUUCCUGCUCCUCUCCGACCACCCACGGGUCGCCGACGCCAUCCGGGACGAAGUCUCCCGCGUCACCAAAGAAGACAACCCCUUGACGAUCGCCACCCCGGAGAAGCUCAAGGACAUGCACUACGUGCACACGGCGCUGUACGAGUGCAUGCGGCUGUUCCCGCCGGUGCAGUUCGACUCCAAGUUCGCGGCGGGCGACGACACGCUCCCGGACGGCACGUUCGUGGCCAGGGGCACCCGGGUGACCUACCACGCCUACGCCAUGGGCCGGAUGGAGUCCGUCUGGGGGUCCGACUGCGCCGAGUUCCGGCCCGAGAGGUGGCUCCGCGGCGGGCGGUUCGUGCCGGAGAGCCCGUACCGGUACCCGGUGUUCCAGGGCGGCGUGCGCGUCUGCAUUGGCAAGGAGCUGGCCAUCAUGGAGAUGAAGGCCGCCAUCGUCGCCGUCGUCCAGAGGUUCGACAUCGAGGCGGUGGGCCGGAGCUCGCGCCGGCCCAAGUUCGCGCCGGGGCUCACGGCCACGUUCGCCGGGGGGCUGCCUGUCAGAGUGCGCAGGCGGCGAGAACACGUGGGCGGCCAGGAAUGCCCGCCAGGUUAACUUAAUCGAACGUCGCCGUCGCCACACGCGCGCAGGGGGAUCUAUUCCUAUUCGGUUUCCUCUUGCUUUGAGGCCGCGCGCGCACAUUGGAUGAGAUCAUGCGCACGCAAAGUUGCUGUAAUCUACUCAAGACCAGCCAGCACCCAGUUUGGUGAGUGCGCUGGGUUCUUUGGCCUCCACUGGAGACCCACCCCGAUAUGUAUAUCAUAAUAGAGCGGAUUAGGCUGGCUAAAAGCGACCCUUCCUUCCUUAAUCGUUUGCUACUUGGGCCAAGCGAGCAGCCGCCAGCCGAAUUUCCUCCCUGCGAUGCCAUUCUUGCGAAAAUUGCAGAUUCAAAGUCAUACAGAACAGAUGUUCUUUACGCGCCGUCGCCUCUUUUCAUAUGGUCAACAUCAAUUAUUGCAAGGUGGUCGGCCAUCCAGUUGGAUAACAAAAUGUACUCUAACUUGUUCGAUACUCACUGAAUUAAGUGCAUAUUAAGCAGGGGCAGAGCUUUCCGUGUGUCGCCAGAGCAUAAACAGACGAGUGAUGUGUAUCAGAUGAUAAAUUAACUCCUUAGAGCUUUUUAUGAA